UGAAGUUGUCAAAUAUUAUCUGUUAAGAACAUCAGCUGCAUCUCGUUUCCACUAACGUGUUAGGUGUAAAACCAGAGUGAGAGCAAAGACUUAUCACAGCCACUUCACGCACAUUGGUUUGUGUGGUGAUGGGGUACCAGUGGUACACAUGGAGCUCAGGGUCAAGUGAGAGCGAUAGACAUAUAAAAGCCAGUGCAACACACAGCUGACACUCAGGGAAGUGAAUCACGAUCUAGACGUGGCCAUGUUCUUGCUUGUCAGUUGUUUUGCUCUUGUGGCCUCUACACUGGGGUGUGGGGUUCCUGCUAUCAAGCCCCAAGUCAAUGGAUACAAGAUUGUAAAUGGACACAAUGCUGUGUCUGGAUCCUGGCCUUGGCAGGUGUCACUUCAGGAUGGUAGGGGAUUCCACUUCUGUGGAGGAUCCCUGAUCAACCAGUACUGGGUUGUCACUGCUGCUCACUGCCGUGUUUCUCCAAGAAACCACCGUGUUAUCCUGGGAGAACAUGAUCGCCAGUACAACAGUGAGCCAAUUCAGGUCAUGGCAAUUUCCAGGGCCAUCACUCACCCCUACUACAACUCCCAGAACUUCAACAACGACAUCACCCUGCUGAGGCUGUCCCGCCCGGUCCAGAUGACAUCCCGUGUGUCUCCUGUGUGCCUGGCCUCCUCCAGCACCAGCAUCCCCUCUGGAACCAAGUGUGUCACCACUGGGUGGGGCAAGACUGGCCAAACCUCAAGCCCCCGCUACCUGCAGCAGACUGCCCUGCCUCUGCUCAGCCCUGCUACGUGCAAACAGCACUGGGGUUAUAACAGAAUCACUGAUGCCAUGAUCUGUGCUGGUGCUUCUGGAGUGUCCUCCUGUCAGGGUGAUUCUGGUGGCCCUCUGGUCUGUGAGAACAGUGGAGUGUGGUCCCUUGUUGGUAUUGUCUCCUGGGGAACUUCUAACUGCAACGUGCGCGCCCCUGCUGUGUACGCCCGCGUGUCUUAUCUGCGUGGCUGGAUCGACCAGACUGUUGCUUCCAACUAACGUGCAAACACACAAAAACUUGCAAUGCACAUGAGCAUGUUCCCCCAUCGUCCUGCUCCUCCCUGUGAUCAAUGAGUGAUUAUAUGCAGAAUCAGCAUUAGCUGUCACAGGGAUGUUACUAUUAGCAACCACUUACUGUACUGCAAUGUUUGGUGCAUUUGUGUGAAAUCAUGCAUAAAGUAAAACUCUUCUGAAAAAAGCCUUUUUCGUCUUUUACAUUCAUUUUUUUAA